CGUCCGCCUCCACAGCUCUCCAAAGCCGAGACGCGCCACCGCCGCCGCCAAUGCGGGCAUGACAUACUGGCAGCAGCAGUAGUGGGCUUCCGUCAGCCCGCUUUUAAGCAGAUUACAAACGGAGACGAGGAGAAAUAAGAGUAGAAGAAAGUGAAGUGACUCAUUUCUACCCCUGCCGUGCGUCGAGAAGAGUAGAUGAGUCAAUGGCAGGGGCACAGCCUGGAGUUCAUGCGCUGCAGCUCAAGCCAGUGUCCGUGCCCGAGAGCCUGAGAAGGGGCAACAAAUUUAUGAAAUGGGAUGAUGAUUCUACCACUGUGACCCCGGUGACUCUCACAGUCGACCCCAAAGGUUACUUCUUGUAUUGGACCGACCAGAACAAGGACACAGACCUACUGGAUAUAGCGUACAUAAAAGAUGCCAGAAAUGGAAAAUGCACCAAAACACCAAAGGAAGCCAAGCUGCGUGAGCUACUGGAUGUCAGCACGCUGGCGGGGAAGAUGGAGAACAGGAUGCUGACAGUGGUGAGCGGCCCCGACAUGGUCAACAUCACCUAUCUAAACUUCAUGGCCUUCCAGGAGGAGACGGCGAAGGAAUGGGCCGAAGAGCUGUUCAACCUGGCAUCUAACCUCUUGGUACAGAACAUGUCCAGAGAGGACUGCCUCGAGAAAGCAUACAUUCGGCUGAAGCUGCAGCUCAACCCUGAGGGGCGAAUCCCCGUCAAGAAUAUCUUCAGGAUGUUCUCAGCAGACAGGAAGCGAGUGGAGACAGCCCUGGAAAACUGUAACCUCCCUUCUGGCAGAAAUGACUCCAUCCCCCAGGAGGAUUUCACCCCAGAGGUCUACAACAUGUUCCUGAGCAACAUCUGCCCUCGAUCUGAGCUGGACCACAUCUUCUCUGACGUGGGGGCUAAGAGUCGUCCGUACCUCACUGUGGAGCAGAUGACAGAGUUCAUCAACAGUAAACAGCGAGACCCUCGUCUGAACGAGAUACUCUACCCUCCUCUCAAACCGGAGCAGGUCCAGCUGCUGGUGGACAAAUAUGAACCCAACGCUUCGCUGGCACAGAAAGGUCAGAUCUCAGUGGAAGGUUUUAUGAGGUACCUGAGUGGGGAGGAGAACAGCAUCAUUCCUCCUGAGAAGUUGGACCAGAGUGAAGACAUGACCCUUCCCCUCUCCCACUACUUCAUCAACUCCUCACACAACACAUACCUCACAGCCGGCCAACUCGCAGGAAACUCGUCAGUCGAGAUGUACAAGCAGGUUCUCCUGUCAGGGUGCCGCUGCAUUGAACUGGACUGCUGGAAGGGUCGCACCACAGAAGAAGAGCCCGUCAUCACUCACGGCUUCACCAUGACAACUGAAAUCUCCUUCAAGGAGGUGAUCGAGGCUAUAGCAGAGUGUGCCUUCAAGACCUCGCCCUUCCCCAUCAUCCUGUCUUUUGAGAACCACGUGGACUCACCGAAGCAGCAGGCUAAGAUGGCAGAGUACUGCCGGUCAAUAUUUGGAGACGCAUUACUGACAGACCCUCUGGAGAAAUAUCCUCUGGAGUCCGGCGUGCCGUUGCCGAGCCCGAUGGAGCUGAUGGGGAAGAUCUUGGUGAAGAACAAGAAGAAACACCACAAGACAGACGGGAGCACCAAGAAGAAACUGUCGGAGCAGGUUUCCAACACCUACAGCGAUUCUUCCAGCGUGUGUGAGCCCUCCUCCCCCAGCGCAGGUUCGACCAAAGAGGAGAUGGCAGAUUCCUCGCAGCCUUCGGAGGGUGCCGAGCUCAGCCUGAGGCCACAGGGCAGAAAGUCUAUUGGUGAGGUGGAGGCAGAAAGUGAAGAUGAAGAUGACGAUGAUGAUGACUGUAAAAAAGGCUCAAUGGAUGAGGGCACAGCAGGCAGUGAGGCUUUUGCCACAGAGGAAAUGUCCAACCUGGUCAUCUACAUCCAGCCAGUCAAGUUUAACAGCUUUGAGGCUUCCAAAAAGAUCAAUCGCAGCUACCAGAUGUCGUCCUUCGUAGAGACCAAAGCGUUGGAGCAACUGACCAAAUCUCCUGUGGAGUUUGUGGAAUACAACAAACUGCAGCUGAGCAGGAUUUACCCUAAAGGCACCCGAGUGGAUUCAUCCAACUACAACCCUCAGCUCUUCUGGAACGCCGGCUGUCAGCUGGUGGCUCUCAACUUCCAAACCAUCGAUUUGUCCAUGCAGUUGAAUUUGGGCAUGUAUGAGUACAACGGGAAAUGUGGCUACAGGCUCAAACCGGAGUUUAUGCGGCGGCCGGACAAACACUUUGACCCUUUCACUGAGAGCACAGUGGACGGGAUUGUAGCCAACACACUGUCUGUGAAGAUCAUCUCAGGCCAGUUCCUGUCAGAUAAGAAAGUAGGCACGUACGUGGAGAUCGACAUGUUUGGUUUACCGGUGGAUACCAAGAGAAAAGCGUUCAAGACCAAGACGUCUCAAGGCAACGCCAUCAACCCGGUCUGGGAAGAGGAGGCCAUUGUCUUCAAGAAGGUUGUUUUGCCCACACUUGCAUCAUUAAGGAUAGCCGUGUUUGAAGAAGGAGGGAAGUUCAUCGGCCAUCGCAUCAUUCCUGUUUCAGCCAUCCGUCCAGGCUAUCACUACAUCAGUCUAAGGAACGAGAAGAACCAGUCUCUGACUCUGCCGGCUCUGUUUGUGUACGUAGAAGUAAAGGACUACGUACCAGACACAUUCGCAGACGUCAUAGAAGCCUUGUCCAAUCCCAUCCGCUACGUCAACCUGAUGGAGCAGAGAGCCAAUCAGCUGGCUGCACUCACGCUGGAGGAGGGAGGAGAGGAGGAGGGCGACAAAGAGGUGGAGGCAGGAAGUGACGCCCCCUCAGAAUCUAAGGUGGACCAGAGGGCGACGUUACCUGCAGAGAACGGACUGAGCCACACACCCAUAAUCGCCCCGAAACCCCCUUCACUGGUUGGCCAUCAGCCCCAGUCUGCAGGCUCAUUAAAACCAUCAGUGAAGACUGAAGACAUCAUUCAGAGUGUCCUCACUGAAUUCGAGGCUCAGACGUUGGAGGAGUUGAAGCAGCAGAAGGGUUUUGUCCGAGAGCAGAGGAAACAGUACAAGGAGAUGAAGGAGCUGGUUCGGAAACACCAUCGCAAGACCAGCGAGCUGAUCAAGGAGCACAGCCGUGUGUCCGAGCUGCAGAGCCAGCACCAGCGGCGGCGCUCUGCCCUGCAGAAGAGCCACAAACGAGACGGUAAGAAAAGUCGGUCCGAACACUCUCUGUCGGCCUUGGACCAGGAGCUGAGCGAUCUGGAUCAGGAGUGCAGCCAGAGGCUCGCAGAGCUGAAGGAGCAGCAGCAGCAACAGCUCCUCACACUCCGCCAGGAGCAGUACUACAGCGAAAAGUACCAGAAACGAGAACACAUCAAGCAGCUGGUUGAGAAGCUGACCACUAUAGCAGAGGAGUGCCAGAGUGCUCAGCUCAAAAAGCUCAGAGACAUCUGUGAGAAAGAAAAGAAGGAUCUAAAGAAGAAAAUGGACAAAAAACGACAAGAGAAGAUCAACGAAGCCAAAUCUAAAGACAAGAAUGUGACAGAGGAAGAGAAGCUGGAGAUCAACAGAUCGUUUGUCAACGAGGUGGUGCAGUACAUCAAACGGUUGGAGGACGCACAGAGUAAAAGACAGGAGCGACUACUGGAGAAGCACAAGGAUAUCCGCCAGCAAAUCUUGGAUGAAAGGCCGAAGCUACAGAGCGAUCUGGACCAGGAGUACCAGGACAAAUUUCGCCGGCUCCCCGUGGAGAUCCAAGAGUUUGUUCAGGACAGCAGCAAGGCCAAGCUUAGCGACGACGGUGUCCAGGGAAACCUCGUUGCCUCCUCGACGACAGAGAAGCUGAACCACAAGGCGUCGCAGUCUGAGGACGACACCGAGGAGGGCUCGUCGGAACGAGUCUACGACACGCCCCUUUAGAGAUCUAACCUCGGCGCUUUGCUUCACACUGGGACACUGAUUGGUGGAUGUGUUUGUGACCACAGAUCUAGGAUGAGACUGCCCCGACUUUGGUCCUCAUUGUAACCAAUGGGAGGAUUAGAUCAAAUCUGAGCCUGAAUUGGUGAGUAGAGGUCCUCUCUGCGUAGAGUGCAGUCUUGUCCAGACAACCGUUUCAUGUAAAUAGUACCUUUUUGUGUAUUUAUAUGUUUCCUUUAUGUUGUCGUCUCUUUCGGUACGGCCACAGGAUGUGUUACAAAGCACUAACUAUUUGCAGGAAAUAACUUACUUGAACUAUUGCACAGAGAGAGUAGUUUCUUUUUAUUAUUAUGUUUUAUCAUCCUGAUAUUGUCAGUCGUGUGGUGGUAAGUGAGGUGUGUGGUGCCAAGAGUUUGAGUUCACUUACAGCGGACAUUGUCUUUCGAGUGGAGUCAACUUGUACUGUAAAGACACCGCUGCAUAUUCAGCCUUUAAAGCUUCCAUCUUUAUAAGAUUUAGAUUCACCUUUACUUAUUUGCACUGACGGCUCCCUACGUAACUCUGUAACUCUUUUACUUUAACCCAGAGGCACUGGUGGCUUGCUGGUUCUCGAUUUUGUUCUCACAGAACUAAGCCUAUGUGUUGCUGCUAUUUUGUUUUAUCAUUUUUUAACCAUUAUUUGGUUUGUAUGAUAUUUGGCAUGGUAAUAUAAUGCAGUCGUCUUGUUUUGGCUAGUUUUUAACAAGUUUUGUUAGAGGGCAGUUCUGCCUGGAGAGGAAGUUGAGAAAAAGUGCGUUGUACAGUAUCUGCAUGUAUUUGAACAACUGUAAAUGUUACAGUAGCUCUGUAGCAGAGAUGUUUUAUUAAUGUAAAUCUAUUUUCUCGGAGACAUUUCAACUAAAGCCGCAAAACAGCGCGGACCCAGUGGUGCGUCGCUGUGCCGUGAGAUGGACUAAAAUCAGUAACAACACACCCUUUUGUUAGAUCUGACAGUAGCUGGCUCGAGUUAACAGGUUGUAUUGUUUAUCUCCGUCCCCGUGAACUGAAACAGUCAAACCAGGAUAUUCAAACAAAAGAAGAGGAUCCUCCUGUAGUUUUAUAGAAGUUGCCUUCCUCUUAACUGCUUUGUUGUGUACCUACGGUGGGAUGUGUGUGCAGUUCCCCAGUGCACAGAGCAGAUGCCCGUGACCACAGGAAGUAUGUCACCCACAGGCUUCAAUCUAAAUAUUCACCCACAAACUGUAGUUUGAAGUGGGGGAAAUAGUUCAGUUAAGUUUUAACAGAUACCCAGGGUUCCCACAGGUCCUUGAAAUCCUUGACUCUGAGGGAGAGAAAUCAAGGCCAGUAAAAUUUUUGAAAGUGUCAUGGGAAGUGCUUGAAUUUAUGUCCUUUGUUCAAGAAUAGAAAUUGAUUUUGAAAUCUGAUCAAUUUUUUCUUCCAGUUAGUAAAUAGCCAAAGUUCUGCUGUCUGUUUGUGUCUCAUGCAGCUGCGUCACUUGUCGGGUUUCCAUCUAAAGGUAGCACAAAUUUUAACAGAAUUUUCAGAAAAUUGACAAAAGAUAAUGCAAAUUUGUGCACUUUUUCAUCCACUACUGUCAUCCGGAUAUUGACAGUUGGUCGUUGUUGUAAACACGAGAUGACAUUACUAAAAGAAAUCAAUGGAUUUAUAAUAGCAAUACAUUCUCAUUCCAGAUCGGUAAAUACUGAUGAAUUGGCCUCUCUGCGUCUCAUAGAAAGACAAAAGUCACAGAGCUGAAACACAUUGUAACAUGUGGUUAAUGCUUUGGAACAGUCACUGUCGGUAUAGAAAAAAAAAAUCAUGUUUUGCAUUAAAAUAAGUACAUAACGUGAUGUAAAAAUGUCACGUGAGUUACAUCAGUGUGCGACAACUAUGUGUUAAUCACCCAAUGUUAUGUUAAAAGAAUAUUGACUUUUGGUUCACACUGGACACUGAAAGUCCAGUCUUGUUUGACCCAUUCACCUAACCUCCAAUCAGAUGAUGCUCUGUCAGUUGCUCUCAGCGUCAUCUGUUGCAGCAGACAGGCUUACAUUAGAGUUAAAAGCCAUCCAAGAACAAUGAAGCGACCUGCAGUGGCCUCUGCAUCAUUUAUUCACUGAAUUUGUUUCCAUUGCACUAAGUCGCAUUUCGUGAUACCUACCAACUUUUCCACCUCCCCAAACAUAAAACUUUUUGGGAUAUUUUUUUCCUUUUUUCCUCUAAUUUUUGGCAUUUUCAGGCAGAAUUCUUUUUCUUGUUUUCUUUUUUUGCAUGAAUUGAAAAUGCACUUAAAGGUGGAUGGAAAAGCACGUAUUGUUGUUUAAUUGUUAUUGAGCUUCUGUAAAGCCUGUUAGUUCUCAUUAUAAACAUUCACAGUUUUUUAACAGUAAUUGGCCUUUAACAAAGUCUCAAACUUUGCUGCGUUGGAUCCUUGAAGUUGAGGGAAUUGGGCCUGAAAAAUCUGUGAAAAGUCUUUGAAUUUGACAUUUAAAAAGGAGUGGGAACCCUGGACUCCAAAUGUUUAGUUUAGUUUGGAUCUGUGAAACACCAGCGUUGACAUGAUGUAAUGACUAACUGGACUAUUUCCUCUUUAACUGAUCAACUGUGCCCAUUCAGUAACCAUGAGGAAGUGUUUUUGACUUCCCUAACUGUUCAGUGCCAUCUAACUCACAGGUCGUUUGAUAUCAAAUCAUAUUUCAGCUGGGAAAAAAAAGAGUUGAGAGUGAAGGAUUACCUGACAUGUAAGUACAAACUACUUUUUAAAAAGACGAUGUUGAUGUGAGAGUCCUGUGCCUUUGAAUAGGUUUGCCUUGUUUGAUGUUGAAUGUGUGAAAUGCAUCACUGUUUAAAUUGCCAUUAUAUUAUAUUCUAUGAAGCUGUCUGAUAUUGAAUAGACCGUGUGCACUUUUAAGUACAGUACCACUACUGAGUAAUGCUUGUGAUGAGCAGUAUUUGACAUGUGUCUCAUAAGAAACGCGAGACAUCCCUCUUUUUAGUCUUGAACCACUUUAUUUAACAGCCCCCUCCCCCUUCUCAUCGACUUACGUACGUGUAUGCACUCUGGAAAUGUAAAUGUAUGUAUGACAUAAAGGAUAAAAACAUGAAGCUGAUUAAAAAAAAUAGUGUAAAGAGAA